CGUCUCUGGUCGCGCACGCGUCGGCCGCCUUGGCUCUCCAACAUCCCUUCAAAAUUAUUAGAGCUUCCUUUGAGUUUUCUUCUCGUUUGUCGGUAAUUAAGUCUCGUGUGUCUCUUUAUGCAGUGUGUCGAUAAUCUGUGCCGUGUUUAACGCUUCUGUUUCUUGAAUUCAUUCACCAUGCCUCGAGGUUUUAGUCUGUACACGCGUUCGGAAGUUCGGAACUGUGUUGCGCGAUUCGCUUUUUCGCUUUCUGUCUCAUCAUGUUUUUCAUUUCGAUCGCAUCGUUUCGUAUUUCGUCGUGCAAUUAAAUCGUGCGGAAAUUCGGUUAGUUUCGGUGUGAUUUCGUCUCGAGAUGUGGACAUUUCGCGCCGGUUUCCCUGGUCAAAGCGAAGCUUUUCAACUUCACGCAGAACUGAAUCUUGUGAUGGGCUCUCUCGAUGGGAAAUUUUGGUUAACUACUGCUUCUGUUUAUCACGGUUUGGUCUGUGAUCGAGUUCAGGCUUCGUGACAGUGUUGUGAGUGCUUUCAGCGUGGCGUCGGGCAAUUGGAUAACCCUCUCCUGGAGUGCAUGUCGCCAGCUGUUAAUCGAAACUAAACGUGAACGGCGACUUGAAGAAUUCAAGAGAAAAUGUUCAAUUGGUUGAAUUCAAAAGAACCCCUCAUUCACUUCUCCCAGAUGUGGCUUCGCUCCUCUCUGCGUUGUUCAGUCUAUGCCUAGGAAGACAUGACGAGUUCUCUCUGGUUUCUGGUGGCAUCGUUUUUCCUGUGCUUCGCAAAUGCAAAAAUAGGAUACUUUUGGCAAAUCAGCGAUAUCCACUACGACCUGAAGUACGAGAAGCACGGUGAUAUCAAGAGAGACUGCUGGAGAAAUGAGCUGUCAGGCGGAAGAGGACGGCACAUGGCGGGUUUAUACGGACAUUUCGAUUGCGAUUCACCUUGGUCACUCGUCAUCUCGGCGGUCAUGUCUAUGAAAGCAAAACACGGCGACGAUAUUGAAUUCAUCAUCUGGACAGGAGACGGUCUUUCCAAGCACAUAGUCGGGCAGUCGAUAGACGUGGAGGCGCUGCAAAACUUGACGCAGUUACUGAGGUUCACAUUCAAGAGCCAGUUCAUCUUCCCGGUUUUGGGCCACGAUGACCCCGGGGCGCGAACCAACGAGAAGCAAGCACUGGCAAAAGUCGCCAACCUCUGGAGCCACUGGCUUCCCUCCGAAGCCUUGCAGACUUUUUAUAAAGGUGGUUACUACACGAUCGAACAGAAGAAACACAAAUUACGUAUCGUUGCUCUUAACACAAACUUGUACACGACGACGAGACACCAAAGAAAUUCACACGAUGACGAUCCGGCCGGCCAAUGGAACUGGCUCAAAACGGUGCUAGCAACUUCACAGCUGAAAAAGGAAACGGUCUACAUAAUGGGGCACAUGGGUCCGGGCGUGGAUGAGCGGCAUCCGCAGGACUCGCCUGGUUUCUCCGAGCGGCACACUCGCCGAUACCUCGAACUUGUCCGCAAGUACUCCGAUAUCAUCGUCGGCCAGUUCUUCGGUCAUCUCCACUCGGACACCUUCCGCAUCGUCUACAACGAGACCGGUCAUCCGGUGUCGUGGAUGAUGAUGGCGCCGUCGGUGAGCCCUCGCGUCCCAUCCGGUGGCAAUAACAACCCCGGAAUUAGGCUCUACAAAUUCGACACCGACACAGGCCAGGUUUUAGAUUACACGCAAUACUACCUUGACCUAGCUAAUGCAAAUGAAAGAGGGCAGGCAGAUUGGGUGCCCGAAUACAAUCUCACUAGUUAUUAUCAAUUGAGGGAAGUUUCCACCUCGUCUCUUCAUAGUCUUGCCGAAAGGCUGAAAGACUCGUCUUCCGUUGAGUUCAACAGGUAUUACUCGGCCAACUCGGUGCAGUACAAGAGGGGGAGCUGCGAGGAGGAGUGCGCCCACACGCACUAUUGCGCCGUCACUUGCCUCGUCUACCAGGAUUUCUCGCAGUGCAUGGAGAUGGCCGCCAGGAGUCGCGCUCUUGCAUCCGGAGCCCCUUUCUCCCCCCGCAAAAUUCUACUCCUCCCGCUUGUCGCCGUUUUUCUCUUCACCCUCAUGCCGAGCCAUCUUUGCCCACGCCCGCCCUCUUUCACGCUGUGAGAUCUCUCCAUGUCACGCUCAAUUCAGAGGCCGAGACGCACGUGGAGAAGAAACCUCGUUUAUACGAACCAGAAGCGGAUCUAGCAAUUUCCUCCAACUAAGCCUAUGUUCAAUAAUAUAUUCUCGUCCUAGCACCUGGCCCCUCCAAGAAUCUAUGCAUUUCCAUAGGUUUGAAUGGAGAAAAAACAAUGUUGCCAAUUUGCUGGAUCUCCUAACGGUACGAACAAUAGGCAGGUUCAGUGGUCGUUCAAAGGAUGAGGCACCUCUUAUUGUAGUCGAGCGAACCGACUUAUUCGGUUGAUGGGACAGGAAGGUUCAGUUCAACGGACCAAACGCUUUUAAAGUUGAUAUCAACGGCUAAAGUCGUAAAAUAAUGCGUAUUUCCAAUGCAAUGCCUAUGCCUAUUAAUAUCUACAAUUACGUAUUUUUUUUCCCUACGAAGAAAAAUAACCGAAAUAUCUCCUUGAAAUCGUCUACAAGUAUUUUCGCAUAAGUAAGGGAAAUUCACAGAAAAUUUCAAGGAAAAUUGUUGGGGGGCUUUCAUUUACACAAAAAAAAAAAAACACCAAGAGCGGAAAUUGGCAAUAUCACAAUCAGAGGUGCGCAUUUUUCAACCCUACUCAUUGAUGUGGAAAAUGUUCCAUUUCAAAUUAACUGAAGUUUUUCGGUUGAAUGAAGUGAGAUUUCGGUCCAUUGAAAUUCUGUUAACUGAUGACAUAUGUGUAGUUCACUGGACUAGGGGCCUAUCCUUCUGAACCGAAUGGUGUCUGCUGAACAACUCAUCAGUCUGUAUAACUUGAGUUUUUUUUCCCCCUGUGUGUGUGGACAAAAAGAAUUUCUACAGAUUUUCUGGCAUUUCAGGAAACUUCUGUUUUCGAGGACUCAUUAUUUUCUGAUGCCCAAAUAGCGAUGAAUGAAUAGCAAUAGCAUUGUCAUAUUAUUGUGAUUUAAUUGAAAGUAUGUUCCCUGUAUGAGGAAAUUACUGUGAAGACAGUGAAUUAAAAAUACUGCACGAUACUCAACAUCUUUUGUCGAUUCAGCUUUCUUGAAUAUUUUAGUUAGAGGACACCACUGCUCAUAACGAUUUAAUUCAGCAUGGAUGAAUCCUAAGAAAAAUCUCAAAAUAUACAACUUUAUAGUGUGUACGGAUUUAGCUCAGUUGUUACGUAAUGAAAUUGUUUGAAACUUGUAUAAUAUAUUCAGAAUUCAAAUCGAUAAUGGAAACAUGAUUUUAAUUUUAAAAUUAUCACAUUCUUUUCGAUUGAACUUGAGGGUAUUUUUGACGACUACCACAACAAAAUAUGGACUGCAUUUUGCAAUUUGGAACUAUAAUAUCUGGCCCGGUUUCAAAACAACGUAUGUGCCAUUAGUUCCCCUAUGCACAUACGUGUUUUUUUCAGAUAAGUCAGAAUCUACAGUUCCAUAUUGCAAAAUGCAGUCCAUAUGUACAUCAAUAGGGCUUUCUUUUUUAAUCCAGACCGCAGUGGAACAAGAUUGAGCGUUAUGCUUAGAUAUGAUUUUUCAUUUUGGUCCCUGGGGGCGGUCCAAUGGAAUGCUAGACUGCUCUUCUGAUGUGGCCCUCAAUUGCGAUGCACAUCCUGCUGACGUUCCACUAAAUCCACCAUGAUUCAUAGUUAAAAAAAACCCCUACCUGUAGGGUAUAAUUUCAAUAAUGUAUAUUUGGUGAGGGUAACUUGCCACUUGCAUAUUGUUUUGGCUUUAAGAUUUAGAGAGGUAAUGUCUCACGAACAGUAAUUGACACAGUAUCACAUUUAGGAUUUUGCGAAUCUUGAUCUUACUACAACAAGAAUAAUUAAAGGAGGAUAGAGAUUCAACGGGUCUAUAUUGACUGCCACUACAGGAAUGGGUCAAUUUUAUCUGCAUGUGUAUCAAAAGGAUGUAUUUCAUGUAAUUAUGAGGUGUCUCUAUUUUCCUUCUUUUUUGAAUCUUAGCUUAUUUUAAGAUUUGAAAAAAAAUUGAAAGUAAAUGGGAGAUCAAGCUGAAUGUUUGUCCUAUUUCCAAGCUUGAUAUGCUUCAUCAUGUGAAUUUUGCUUCUUGAUGAGGUUUUAAAAACCCUACUUUAAUCCUUUUCUGAAGAUUUUUUCUUCCAUUUUCUAAGAAUAAUGUAAGCCCAUUCAAUUCAGUUCUCUCUGUUUAUAAAGAAUUUAAGAAAUAAAUUUUAUAUUUUUGGUUGAUA